AUGAAUCUCGGAGGCAGCGGUAUCUCGCGUGUCCUUUCGCCGUUAAGCCGGCUGGGAGCCUUUAUCUCGUCCAUCAUCGUGGCGGGCAUCGGCGGUUCCUUCCUCCACAAGCUUAACAAUCUUGAUUUCCACUAUGGCAGCAAGUUCACCUACCUCAUCACCCUGGCCGGUCUCAGCAUCGUCUUCUCCCUCGUCCUGAUUGCGCCUUUCAAGUUCACCUUCUGGGCCUUCCCUCUCGAUUUCAUCAUGUUUGUCAUGUGGAUGGUUGCCUUUGGACUUAUGGCCAAUCUGAGCGGCAACUGCGGUGGCGCUUGGUACCGCUGGAUCUGGACGUUUGCCUGGCGCCGCAACCGUUGCGGUACCUGGCGCGCUCUGCUCGCUUUCUGCUUCCUCGCUAGCAUGUUCUGGCUCUUCAACUGUCUUCUCGGCCUGUACAAGUCAUUCUUCGGCAAGAAGACUGACGCCGAUUAUGACCGUGAACAUGGUGUUGGCCACAGGCACAAGCGCUUCAGCCACGGCUCGUCCGUCACCGACCCGCCCAUGAGCCAGCCUCGCACGUCGCAACCUACUAGUGCUGCCUAUGCCACCACCAACAACCCCACCACCACCACCACCACCACCGGCGUCACCGGCCCGACUACCGGCGUCACUGGCCCGACCACGGGCACCACAGGUGUUGCUGUCCCAACCCACACCUAUGAUGCUAGCCGUGACCGGUCCGCUCACGUCGGCAACCCCGUCAACACCCACGUCGGAAACCCCGUCAACACCUCGUCGAACCCGGGCGCCUACCCGACUGACACGACGACUCAUCAUACUGGAUAUCAGGCCCAGGAGUCGCCGGCACUGAUCCUUACUCAGCCAAUACGUUCUGGCUGGACCCCUGUCAUGCAGCGAAACCAGAGCACCGCCACCACACACCUUUCAAUGUUCAAAGACGACAACGAGGAAGACAGCGAAGCCGUUCCGGUCCGCCGCUUCCAAUGGCCCACGGCAUCCCACCCCGACCUCUGCGCGCGGUGCCAGUCGGUCGACUGGGCCGUCAUGAUCCACAUGCCGCCGACGUCCAUCGUGGGCCGGCACCCGUUCAGCGACACCGCCGAGACGAUGAGACUCGACGAGCUGCGGCAGUCGAGCUGCCCCGUGUGCCGGGCGCUCGCGGUCAUCACGCCCGAGAAGCUGGACGGCGAAAUGUGCCGCUUCAAGGCGUUUGCCUCGACGCAUUCCCUCGCGUGGAGGUAUCGGCGCCUCGCUGAUCCCAAGCCCCAUACGGACUGCAGCGUCAUCUUCCCCGUUCACGCAAAUACGUGGAAUGAUAAGUCCGUCGCCAAGACCGUGUGGCUGGAAGGCGGCUGUUUAGCGCUGGUGCCCGUGGCCCCGGAUGGAGAACUGAACGUCCCCGAGAUUGGGCCUAGGGUGGCCGAGCUCGACCGCAUCGACUAUUCCGUCCUUCGAGGGUGGAUACACUCUUGCUCCAUCUACCACGAGAGCGCGUGCCAGGUGAACUACUUUACGCGGGUGCCGGGUAUGCGCGUGAUAGACUGUCGCACUCGCGCCAUUAUCCCCGCCCAGGACGGGUGUAGAUACGUUGCGCUCUCCUACGUGUGGGGGUCUCCUCCAUCCACUGCCACCGCUGCGCCGGCCAACGACGCGAGUAGCGGGACUCCGCCGGCUUCUUCGCAAAGCGUGGGAUAUUCGGCGGUAGUGGAAGAUGCCAUCGCAGUCAGCCUAGAACUUGGGUACAAAUACAUCUGGGUGGAUCAAUAUUGCAUAGACCAGAAAGACGAAGUAUCCAAGGCACAGCAGAUUGCGCAAAUGGACAACAUCUACUCCCUCGCCCAGCUCACCAUUGUCGCCGCCGCCGGAGAGGACGCGUCGUACGGGCUACCCGGAGUUGGGCCAACGCGAGCGCGCAGUCAGCGCCAGAGCGUCGUCAAGCUCGGCGACGUGGCCCUCGUCCAAAUCUUCCCCACGUCCUCCACGACCUCGAGAGCUCGCGGUGGGCCACGCGCGGUAGCCUACGUGUGCAACACGAUGCACUGCUCCGAGACCAUCACGCGGCCGAUGAACCUCACCAAGACGGAGAAGCUCUCGGCGAACGAGGCGUUUUUCCGCUUCAUCCCUUCUCAUCAGAGCUUCAGUUCCAGGCGGAACCAGAUGCACCGGUGGGAGCUGCUGAAGCAGCAGCACUUGCCGGGGUUCACGGACAGGAACCUGACGCACGGGUCCGAUUCCCUCAACGCCAUCCUGGGCAUCUUCCGCUCCAUGGAGAAGAGCGGCAUCUACCACCUCCACGGCGUGCCCCUCUCCAACAACGCCUCCCGAGGGUCGCAGGCCCUCGUCCUCGCCCUCGGUUGGCACCACGAACAAGUCAGCGAUGUCAGGCGCGCAGAAUUCCCCAGCUGGAGCUGGGCCGGCUGGCAGGGAUGCGCCAAGGUGGACGAGCCCGACGUCCGCAUCCCCGAAGACUGCCUCGUUUCCUUGUUCGACGACGAGACGGGGCAGUCGAUCUCGGUCGAAGAAUGGCACCGCGGCAUGACUGCGCGCCCUUCCCGUGCCGCCAUGGCCGCCGUGGCGCCGCCCUCGCCCAUUUUGCGCAUUACGGGCCCCGUGUUUCCAGCCUGUUUCCGGCCCUUCAGCCCCCUCGUGGCGAACCAGUCUCUUAGCCAAAUGAGCCAGCGGGCGGGUAUGAGCUUCCGCGAGGCCCCGCAUGUCGUCUUCCCCAUCACGGCCGACGUUACCCUCCUCGUCCUCGCGCACCUGGACGAGAGCAUCGCAUCCCCGCCCGAGAACGAGACUGACGUCGUAGUGCUCCUAAUGCGGCCCAAGUUUCCGAUGGGGGCCACCUCCAUGACGGGGCUACUCCUCAAGCCGGUCCCGCAAGGAAGGACAAUGACCCAACGGUAUCGGCGGAUAGGCAUCUUGCGUAUCAGACACCGCAACCGGUCUUUACCGACGGGGCCCAUGUCGCCGCAGACUGUGUAUGUCGAUGGAGAGGGAAAUUUGAUCGAUGAGGUUGAUGUAGCUGGAGAGGUCCCGAUAUGGAUACGAGACGUCGCGGUGAAGACGGUAGACAUCGUAUGA